AUGCGUUUCUCGAUUGUCUUCACCACCCUCUCGGCCAUCGCCCUGGUCCAGGCUCAGAGCACUUCCUCGUCCGCUUCUGAGACCGUUGUGGAGAACCCGGCCACCAAGUACCUCACCGAGACUAACUCCCUUGGUGUUGUCACCGGCCAGCCCGUGGCUGUCACCAGCCAGGCCUCCGUGGUCACCAGCCAGCCCGCCGUCGUGACCUCGCAGCAGCCCGCCGCCUCUAUCCCGGCCGGUCUCACCUCUCCCGUCGCUGGUGUUAGCAGCACUCUGUCCACUGCUACCCGCAGCGGCUCGACCACCAGCAGCGCCGACUCUUCCAAGGCCACCGGCACCUCCACUUCCACCAGCUCCUCGGACUCUUCCUCUUCCUCCGACUCUUCGUCAUCUGACUCCAGCGCCAGUGCCAGUGCCAGCGCCAGCUCCAGCUCUGUCUCCACCGGUGGUGCUGCCAUCGCCACUGCCGGCCCCGUUGGCCUCGGCAUGGCCGCUGCUGCUCUGGUUGCUUUCCUGUAA